AUGGCCUCUUCCCUGACGGUCGAAGAGCUUCGUUCACGGCUGCACGAUUUCGGACUCGAUACCAAGGGCAAGAAGGCCGACCUCAGACUUCGGCUCAAGAAGGCCAUACGCAAUGCGAGCGACAGUCCGCCCACUGGUGUAGUGGAGUCGCGAGACGAGAAUGCAAGCUGGGAGCCAGAGUUCGAUACCUUUCUAGUACUCGACGUAGAGGCGACGUGCGAAUCGACACGCAAGUACCGCAACCUGCAACACGGCUACGAGACGGGCUCGUUCCAAUACCCGAACGAGAUCAUUGAGUUUCCCGUCGUCCUGCUCCGAUGGAACGCAGAGACCCAACAGCUCGAUACCACCGGGACGUUCCACUCUUUUGUCCGACCUACGUUCCGACCCCACCUCACGCGGUUCUGCCGCGACCUGACCGGUGUCACGCAGUCGCAGGUCGACGCAGCACCCACCUGGCCCAAGGUCGUCCAGCUCUUCUUCCAAUUUCUCCGCACGCACGAUCUGGUCGAAGACACCUCAACUCCCUCGACAAACCACCUGCACAACUAUCGCCUCCGUCGCGGGGUCACCUGGAUCAACCACGGUCCUGCCGACCUGCGCGACUUUGUCAUCAAGCAAUGCUGGAUCUCUGGCCACGCCCGCGAUAAGGACGCCGGUGCACCGCCGAUCUUCCUCCGCGGCCCACUGGUCGAUAUCCGCAGGGGCAUAGCGAGCCUGUUCAAAUGGGAGCAGGAGCUCAAGGCAGAGCAGAAUCGUGCUGUGACUCGUGCAGCUACGCCGCUAGAGUUUGGUGGCGAGGACGGGUUUCAGGUCAUCUCUCCUGCAAGCGCCACGGUAGUGAAGGAGGAUCCGAGGACGACAGGUCUCUCGCCCUACGAUCAGAGUUUGGCUGGGCUUCUGGAGCUGCUCAACAUCGGCCCGUUUCAAGGCAGACAGCACAGCGGCCUGGAUGACACGCGGAACAUCGCCCGACUGGCGAUAGAGGCCGCACGACGCAUCUCGUUAGCGGCCAAGGGGGAGCAGGUGCUAUUGACCAAAAAUUUCGAAUCCGUCGACGGGCAGAUGGAGGCGUCCGCAGCGGUGAUGGAGCUGGAUAAGAGGACAGCGUUGACGAGGGCGAGACAGAUGGAGAAGCUCGUGCUCAGGCCGAACGUGAGGCUGGACGGAUAUCAGAAGCGGUUCUUUUGGAUGGGCAAGUGCGCUGGUGAGUCGCCUCCUUGUCUCCCCUCGGACUCGAUCGACCACAGUCCACCCAAGAUGUCGGUAGCAGCAAGCGUCCUUGGCUACGCCGGCCUCGGCUUCCUCACACGAUGCUAUGCGCUCGGUCUGCAGAAGCGAAACAUUUUCGAGAACCUCGGAGGCCACGCGAUGCUCAUGUCGGCCUUUGGCGCACUCGGAUACUACGUUCACGGCCUGGAAGGCCGUCAGCUCGAGCUGAUCGCACAUAAGAAGGAGCAGAUCCUCAAGAACCGAGAACGCCUCGCAGGUGGCAGCUCGCCAUCCCACGACGACGAGUAG